AUGGACUGCAGCUGCGUCUCCGACCUGCUCCUCACCUCGCCGGUGCCGGCCCUCUGGACCCCAGGUACCGCCCAGACGGACGGACGGACAGACGGACGGACACCCUUGGGGACCCUGCGAGGACCCCCCCCCGCCGUGAGCGGCACCGCCCCCCCCCACUCCCGGCACCCCACCGUUACCCGUGGCCGUGGGGUCCCCUUCCCAUCCCCCACUGUCCCCCGCGGCCGUGGGGCCACCAUCCCAUCCCCCGCCAUCCCCCGCGGCCGUGGGGCUCCCAUCCCAUCCCCCGCCGUCGCCCACCCCCCGCGGGCCCCCCGUCACCCGUGGGGCCGCCCCGCAGGCUUCGCCUUCCCGGACUGGGCGUACAAGCCGGAGUCGAGCCCGGGCUCGCGGCAGAUCCAGCUGUGGCACUUCAUCCUGGAGCUGCUGCGGCAGGAGCAGUACCGGGAGGUGAUCGCCUGGCAGGGCGACUACGGCGAGUUCGUCAUCAAGGACCCCGACGAGGUGGCCCGGCUCUGGGGCGUCCGCAAGUGCAAACCCCACAUGAACUACGACAAGCUCAGCCGCGCCCUCAGGUACUACUACAACAAGCGGAUCCUGCACAAGACCAAGGGGAAGCGCUUCACGUACAAGUUCAACUUCAGCAAGGUGGUGCUGGUGAACUGCCCGCUGCUGGAGCUGCCGGGGGGCGCCGCGCCGCUGCUGCUCGCGCCCGCGCCCUUCCCGGGGGGCGCGCCCGCCGCCGACGCGCCCCCGCUCGCCCCCGAGGCGCUGCAGGCGCUGUUCUGCGCCCCCCGGCCCGCCGAGCCGCCCCCCCCCGGGCGGGGGGUCCCCGUCUUCGAGCCGAGACCCGCCGAGGGCGACAAGCUGCGGCUGGAGGUGGCCGUGCCCUUCCUGGGGCCCGCGCUGCCCGGGUACGCCAAGGCGCCGGCGCUGCUGGGCCCCUACGCGCGGCCGCUGCCCGAGUGCCCGUGGGGCUGGGGGCCCUGCGCGCCCCCCGCCGCGCUGCCGCUGCCCCCCCCCAAGCUCCCCGCCGCGCUCUACCCGCCCCCCCCGUUCCCGCUGCCCCCCCCGGCGGCGGGCGCGGGGCCGGGGCUGGGGGGGGGCGCCGCGGGGGGGGCGCCGGGACCCGCCUCCGACUCGGAGCUGGAGGUGACGGACGGCGGCAGCUCGGGGGACGAGGCCGGCAGCCCCCCGCCCCCCGGCCCGGGGGGGCCCUGACGCCCCCCCCGCCCC